GCCAGCAUGUCGAUCACGGACCACAGCCCCACCACGGGGGUGGUGACCGUCAUCGUCAUCCUGAUCGCCAUCGCGGCCCUCGGGGCGCUGAUCCUGGGCUGCUGGUGCUACCUGCGGCUGCAGAGGAUCAGCCAGUCCGAGGACGAGGAGAGCAUCGUGGGCGAGGGGGAAACCAAAGAGCCCUUCCUGCUGGUCCAGUACUCGGCCCGCGGGCCUUGCAUGGAGCGGAAGGCGAAGCUGGCUUCGAGUGGCCCCGAGGCCCACGGCUGACCGGCGGCCCCGCGGCGGGCCGAUGGCCUGCGCCAGGACGGGUGC